AUGCAAUGUUCAACGUGUUGCAGCAACUGUGAGGAUGAUGACGACAAUUACUUAACCACAGCUGAUGUAGAAAACGUAACUGUAGUACCGGGGCCAGUAGUAGUCGAAGAUUUAAAUGAAACGCUCGAAUCAGUUUCUAGUUUUUCAGAAACUUCUGGUAGCCCUAAAACAACUUUCGAGGCAACACCAAUAUCGUUGGAGACUUGUAGCAUAACAUAUUUUGCUGGUUACUUGGCAAAAAAAUGCAUUCAAAAAUUCAAUUGUGAAAUGUGCAAAUUAAAUUUAAUAACAAAAACAAAUAAAAAUGACGAAAAUCAACUUUUAUUACAUAACAAAACGUAUGAUUAUACAGACCAAGGGUAUGGGUUGAAAGCACCAACAAAUAUAUUAUUAGAUAUAUCUACUAUAUGUUUAAAUGUUUUUAAAAAUAAUUUUGAUGAAAUGAAGUGCAACAAAAAAUUAUUAGCGCAAUUAAUUUCUAAAGCAGAAACUAAAAUAGAGGACAAAUAUUCAAUUUUACAAUCUAAUUCAUGCAAAGAACACUUUCAAUAUAUUAUUGAACUUCUUUUAAGAACUAAAUUAUACAAAGAAUGCAAGUGGCUAAAUGCAAACAGCGGAAAGCGAUCAAUGCAAAAUGCAGAUAAACUUCGGGUUUUACAAAAUAUCUAA